GAAAGGACCACAUAACUCCUGGUGCAGCAAAGAGGUUCUCCUUCUGCAAGGCAUUUGCUGGACUGCUGAAAAACUAUUUUGAAUAACAUGGCAGAGAAGGAUUUCAUCAUUUGGCAUCUACUGGCUUUAUUUUUUCUUCCAUUUUGCCUGUGUCAAGAUGAAUACAUGGAGGUGAGCAGAAGAUCUUAUAAUCCAGUGGCCAAAGUAUUGCAAAGUCACCACCAGACUGGCCAUAAAGGUUCCAGAAGCAGGGAAAUAUUGAAACAGCGGAGUCAACUUAUAGAGUGGACUGUUGAUAAUAGCACUUCUACAGACCAAAAAGUCUUGAGACCAGAGGUAGAUGAUGUAGAACUGACUACCUCAGAUAGAGUCCAGCCCCCACAAACCGGGCCGCAGAAUCCCGACUGUAGCUCCUGCUGCCGUGGUGACUUCGGAGUUCGACUGUACCAAGGGCCCCCAGGACCUCCCGGACCCCCUGGGAUGCCAGGAAAUCACGGAAACAAUGGAAAUAAUGGAGCAACUGGCCAGGAAGGAGCCAAAGGUGAGAAAGGAGACAAAGGAGAUAUGGGACCGAGGGGAGAGCGUGGCCAUCAUGGACCCAAAGGAGAGAAGGGUUACCCUGGGAUUCCCCCAGAGCUACAGGUCGCAUUCAUGGCUUCCAUGGCUACUCACUUCAGCAACCAGAACAGUGGGAUCAUCUUCAGUAGUGUCGAAACCAAUGUUGGGAAUUUUUUUGAUGUCAUGACUGGGAGAUUUGGUGCUCCAGUGAAUGGGGUGUAUUUCUUCACCUUCAAUAUGAUGAAACAUGAAGAUGUGGAGGAAGUGUAUGUGUACCUGAUGCAUAAUGGUAAUACUGUUUUCAGCUUAUAUAGCUAUGAAUCCAAAGGGAAAGCAGACACUUCAGGAAACAGCGCAGUGCUAAAACUUGCCAAGGGAGAUGAAGUUUGGCUGCGAAUGGGAAAUGGAGCCCUCCACGGGGACCAUCAACGCUUUUCUACCUUUGCUGGGUUUCUUCUUUUUGAAACCAAGUAA